GAACCAUUUAAAGGCGACACUUUCACAAACACCUUCCCUUUAUCACUCCAGUGGCUUAAAUAUGGAAAUUGUUUUCCACAAAGAGAAAGAUGAGAUCUCCAUGGUAAAUGAAGACCCCUAUGUUGGUUCAGCCAUGGAUGCUACAUUGCUGAACCAUUCUGAUGAAGACAUUAAAGCGACUUCUGCGGUACCUGGUAACAGAGAUGUAAAGAAGACUUCCUACAAAGCUGCUGCAGUGGGUCUGGCUCUGCUGUGUCUUCUCCUCCUGAUUGGACUCAAAACUCUGGUUUCCAGAUUUACCAAGUGCAACUGUGAGCGGGAAAUGGAGAUGGUCCAGUUACAGACCAGUUACAACAACCUGACAAACGAAAAAGACCAGUUACAGACCAGCUACAACAAUCUGACCAAAGAAAGAGACCAGUUACAGACCAGCUACAACAACCUGACUAAAGAAAGAAACCAGUUACAGACCAGCUACAACAACCUGACUAAAGGAAGAGACCAGUUACAGACCAGUUACAACAACCUGACUAAAGGAAGAGACCAGUUACAGACCAGCUACAACAACCUGACUAAAGAAAGAGACCAGUUACAGACCAGUUACAACAACCUGACUAAAGAAAGAGACCAGUUACAGACCAGUUACAACAACCUGACUAAAGGAAGAGACCAGUUACAGACCAGUUACAACAACCUGACUAAAGAAAGAGACCAGUUACAGACCAGCUACAACAACCUGACUAAAGAAAGAGGCCAGUUACAGACCAGUUACAACAACCUGACUAAAGAAAGAGACCAGUUACAGACCAGUUACAACAACCUGACUAAAGAAAAAGACCAGUUACAGACCAACUACAACAACCUGACUAAAGAAAGAGAACAGCUUGCGAAGGAGAAAGACCAGCUGCAAGAAAGAUUUGAAGCCCUGGCCAAAGAUAGGACUGAUCUUCAGAGAAAGCUUCAAGAGACUGAGGCUGUUUGUAAAACCCUGACUGAGGAGAGAGCUGACCUGAAGAGGAUUCUGAAUGACUUUAGUUGGGUGUAUUUCAGAGGUAGUUUCUAUCAAGUUUCUUCUUUGAAGAAAAGCUGGCAACAGAGUAGAGAUGACUGCCUUCAAAAAGGUGCAGACCUGCUGAUUAUUAACAGCAGAGAAGAACAGAUUUUCACAAACAAAUUCAAGAAGUACAUGUGGAUCGGACUGACUGACUCAGAGACAGAGGGGAGGUGGAAAUGGGUGGAUGGGACUCCGCUGACCAUAAGCUACUGGGCUUCUGGGGAGCCUAAUGGUAAAAAAGGUGAAAACUGUGGGGAUAUAAAGUCUCACGAUGCUGAAAACAGCUGGAAUGAUGAAGGCUGUUCCUCUUCACUCUUCUGGAUCUGUGAAAAGAAAGUCCGUCUAUAACCCUACAUCCAAACCCACCAGACAGCACAGAAAACUCAGAUAUUCAUAGAUUUUAGAUCUAGCAACCAGAUGCAGCAUUUUCAGAUUUGCCUGUUUUUUUAAAUCCUGUAUAACUGCCCUGAAUACAGACAUACAGACAGAUAUAUAGACAGACAUACAAUAAAACUCACAAAUACACGAUGAGCGGAAGGGAACUAGAGAGAAUUUUGUUCCUUUAUUAUUCAAUCAAAUAGAAUAGAUUUGAAACCAAAAAAGAGAUUUGAGAGCAAAAAAGAGUAAGUGGCAAUCAAAAAAAAUUUUUAGAGAUCGAAACAGAACAGGUUGCAAUUGAAAAAAAAAUAUGAGAGAACAUAUUUCUUCAACUCUGCUCAGGCCGUGACUAGCAGAGACAACCAUGUUGCUGCUAAUCAGUGUGCUUGCAACAGCAGGGCAUUAUAAUUCAUUACUUUUGUGGUUGUUGUUGUUGUUGUUGUUGUUGUUGUUGUUGUUGUGAAUGUACGGCAGGCUGUAGCCAACGAUUUAUAGCUCAAUUCAAUACUUUUUGGAAACGUUUCAAGAGCAACAGGCUACCUCCAAGCAGCACAGCACAGGGAGAAGUGGGUGUAAUGCGGAAGACGUAGCCAGGUCAAACCAACCAAUAGAAACUUUUCUCUCAUCCACCAGCAUAGGCCCCGCCCAUCAAGUGCAGUUGAAUUCGCAAGCAAAACUGUAGAACUUGCAAGCAAAGAGGACUGAUUUAUAAGCAAAAUGGUCGUAUGUUUUUACUUACAAACAUUAGUUUUGAUUGAAGUUGAUCUCAAAAAAAAAGUUUUUUGAUUGCCACUUACUCUUCUUUGCUUUCAGAUCUCUUUUUUGGUUUCAAAUCUAUUCUAUUUGAUUGAAUAAUAAAGGAACAAAAUUCUCUCCAUAAUAAUCCCUUACAUAUUUUACAUCUUCUGUUCUGUGUAUGUAUUAGAAUGUAUUAAUUUCAUGUUGGUGGAAGCAUGAAUUUAAAUAAAGAUAAUUAUAUUUAAAAAAAUAAACGUG